AUGGACACCGACGGACCCGCUCGCUCUGCGCCCCAGAAGCGCAAGCAGAAUGGCGCUGGCCCGCACGGCAAGAAGCCGAAGACGGCCAAGUACCAGCCCAAGAAGUUCGCAUUCAACACCACCAAGGCGCGCAUUCGAGACUUGCGACGACAGCUGUCGCGCAAGGCCGAGGAUAUGCCCGCCAACCUUCGUCUGAACAAGGAGCGCGAGUUGGCCGCCUGCGAGCACGAGCUGCGCAUUGCCGAGGGCGAGUCGCUCAAGCAGCAGAUGAUUCCGAAAUACCACAAGAUUCGCUUUUUUGAACGUCAGAAGGCCACGCGUUUCCUCAAGAAAGCCGUCAAGAAGCUGAACGACAACGACAACCCCGAAAAGCAUGCGGAACUCGAACGCGAGAAGCAUGUCGCUGAAGUUGACCUCAACUACACGCUCUACUACCCACUCAUCCGGCCCUACGUUUCCUUGUACGCCUCGACGAAGUCCAAGGACGGAGAACAGGAGGGUUCUGCCACAAAGAGGAUCGGAGGAGACCAGAAUAUGUGGGAAAUAGUGGAGCAGAAGAUGGAGGAAAAUGGGCUUGAGAACCUGCGCAAUGGACUUGAAUGGAGAGAGGGCGCAGACAGUGCCCCCUCUGCUGCUCCUGCAACCCAGACGGAGGGCAAGGCCAAGCCUGCAAAGGCUUCCUCUAGCAAGGGAGAGGGCAAGCCGCCCACUGCAAAGAAGUCUGCAGCUAAGCCUGAGAAAGAAGAGUCGGGUGAUGAGAGUGAUGGUGGCUUCUUUGAGUAA